ACACACACACACACGUAAAUACUGGAGAGGCAGCUUUUGGUUUACACUAAACAGCGGAGCGUCAGCAGCAGCGGGACAGCAGCUCCAGUCUGCGGCUCGUCCUGCACUAACACAGACCUUCAUCAUCAUCAUCAUCAUCAGUGACCAGAAGAAGAGCGGAGGAUCAGCACAGCUCCAUCUCUGCUGCUCACCCUGCAGGAUGAACUUCAAAAACUUGCGGGAGUACCUGGCCUGGCUCUACUUCCAGUACUUGCUCAUCACGGGCAUCUAUGUCCUGGAGCCCUGGGAAAAAUCCAUUUUCAACUCCAUCCUCUUCACCGCCAUCGCCAUGGUGAUCUACACCUCUUAUGUCUUUGUGCCCAUCCACGUGCGCCUGGCGCUGGAAUUUUUUUCCGGGAUCUGUGGCGGUCAGCCUGAGAGCACCAUGGCACUCAUGAACUAGUGGAGGCAGCAGCAACCGGGUGGAUUAGCAUGAGAUUAUUUUCAUCCAAGACAGCAGCGGUGGAUCACCUGAGCUUUCACAAGACUGAAAACAUGAAGAUCUUAAAGCAAAGCCUUACUAUCUUCUUUACAUCCCUCUCCCCCUGGCCUUACCCCAUGGUAUUAGACACGUGACAGUCCAUCACUUUCACAUCCUCGCUGUGAAAUGUCUUGUGAAAUGUUGUUUGUCCUAUUUUUUUUUCUUUCUUUUUCUUAUAUAUGUCUUGUGUGAGUAUGCGCCACAUUUCAGGUUUGCAUGAAAGGGUCUUACAUGAAAUAAUAGAGUUGCAUGCUCGUCUCACUACAGAACACGACAAGGUUCUCGUCUUUCCAUCAUGAGCUACAGAGUCUUUAAAGCUCUAUCCUGAUUUACUCACUUGCUAGGGACAGAUUUUUAGUCAUCAUCAAAGUUGUGGAGGCUGAGAUUUAUUUAUUUUAGUUGCAAGUAAUAAGGAAUUGGAUUCUCAAUUUCCCAACUAAUUAGAACUGUGUCCAAUCCAAUCCAAAUUUAUAAAAUAAAUACAUAAAACAGACAGGAUCCAGAGCCAUGGGGACAUUGGGGGAAACCACUUGGUCCGAACAGAUGACCUCAGUCUUGUCCUCAUUAAAGCUAAGAAAGUCCCAGGCUUUAAUGUCUUAAUUAGAGCUGUAUGAAUGACAUAAUCUGGAUUAUUCCACAAUUUUGGCUGUGUCCAAAAUCACUCUGUCUACCACGUCGUUUCCAUUUGCCAUAACAGACCGUGAACCCAUAAUGUGAAAUGUGAAUUAUACGCAGUAGCACUGUAUGUGCAGUCGUCUCCUCCCAAAGAGCGACACUGUGUCCAUAUAGCAUGUAUUUUAACUUUCUGUCACGAAAAGCCCCAUGAUGCAAAGUGCCCAAACCUCUCAGCGGCUAUUCAGCAUUCAAGUUAUUUAUCGCCACAAGGUUUAAACGAAUACAGUAUAAGCAAGUGAAAACCGUGUAUCGGGAAGUAUUAAAAGACAGGCAACAACAAUAUGGAACAUUAUUCAAUUCAAUUUUAUUUGUAUAGCACCAAAUCACAACAUACAUCAUCUCAAGGCAGUGUACAUAGUCAGCAUUAUAGAGAAAUCCAACAACACACACAAACAGUGGAAGAAAUCUUGGACAGAACCAGAGACUCCAAGAUGUGCAGCGAUCUGCCUAGACAGGUUGGGGUGAAAGGAAAAAUGGGGGACAGAGAGGACAAGAGGUAGAGACAGAAGAGAGAGACAGUUGCAUCAAGUUAUAAGUUUAGACAAGACAGUUUGAGUCAGUGAUGACGUGUUUAUAGAACUACAAUGUCAUUUAUACAAGCAGCAGCAGAGGUUGUUGAUAAAGAAUUAUACUGAUAUCAACUUAGCAUAAUAAUAAUAAUGGUGAUGAUAUGAUAUGAUAUGAUAUGAUAUGAUAUGAUAUUAAUAAUAACAACCUCGACAGCCUGCAAGAUGAGGGCAGAGAUAGAGAGAGAGAGGACAGGAAGGAAAUACACAAACCAGGGAGAGAAAGAACAAAGUUAAUGACAAAUAAUGAAGUCAUAUUUAUACCCUAAGUGUGAGAGAAUCCCCCGCAGUCUAGGUCUAUAGCAGCAUAACUAAGAUAUGGUUCAUGUUUCCUAUAACUAUAACUAUAAGCUUUAUCAAAAAGGAGGGUUUUAAGUCUGCUUCCCAAACUGUCACUGGGAGCUGGUUCCACAGUCAUCCAUCUCCAUCUUCUACCAUUUAACCGUCCACACGAUGGUCGCCAGACCCUCACAGGGCAAACACACAGAGACGAACAACUAUUUACUCAUCUACAGUCCAUUUUAGAGUGUGUGAUUAAGCUCUGCAUGAGCGAGGAAAGUGGAAAACAUGGAGAGAACCCACACACAAAAGGAGAACAUGCAAACUCCACACAGGGAAGACCCUCGUUCUUAACUUCAUUUGUAGUAUGCACACUUUGAGUGUAGGUAAAGUGAAGGUGGAAUGCUUUUGAAUACAAAGAGACACUAAUUAAUCUUCCUGCAUGGAAAAAAACCCGAAACAAAUGAACUAUUUUCAUUUAACUACAGAUUGAGAGGGUGAUUUUACACUCAGCCUUGUUCAGACUCAGUCAUUCUUCAGUUAUGUGUCUGUUUACUGGCUACAUCUGUGACGCCGUGUUAUCUCUCAUUGUGAAAUGAUUAAAGAAAACAAAAGGGAAAGGUACAGAACUCAGCCCUACAUUUCUGACAUGCACUUAACGAUUCACAUAAAAUGACCAAAAAGUCAAUGAUCUUCAAAAUAGAUAGAUAGAUAGAUAAGAUGUCAUCUAUCUAUGUAGCUCAUAAUGGAAAGACGAGAGCCUUGUAGAUGAUAGAUGAUAGAUGAGGCCAAACUGUCGCCAUGUCAGGAUCAGGGUUCUAUUACACAGGCGUGGCGUGUGUGCAUGUUUAGUGAUUUACUAGUUAAAGUGAGUAAUAUGACAAAAUAGCUGCGACAGUGUGUGCCGAGCCCUGUCUUUAUCUGCUUGUUUUUUUAACUGCUGGUAUGUCAGGAAGCUGCGCUCAGCACUGAGCAUGAGCAAAUAUUGGUGCAAACACACCUUUGUGUUUUAGGCUUGGCUUUGAUAAUGAUGCAGCUUUUACUCCACCGUCCGGCUGCUGAACUCAAAGUUCAACUGUUUUAUGCCAAAUGCAAAAACGAAAAGAAAGAAACCACACGCAGUCACUUUGGCCUGCAUGAAAACAAAAAAAGCCUAGAACCAAGAAACAGUCUUCCUCACCUAUAGUUGAUCUAUAUGAGCGGGAAAGACGAGGAGGCGUAGUUUGUGAUGAGUGCUGCUUUUAGUUUUUGAUUAUUUGUGCUUUGGGUCGAGGGCUUGCUGAUUAUAGUCUGAACACCAUCUAUAUUUAUUUAUAUGGAGUUAUAUAUAUUACAUAUGUAUAUAUUUGUAUACACUGGUAAAUGCUUGGCUGGUUACAAUGUCAAUUACCAAACUAUUUUUUGAUUGUUUAUAUCCGUCUAUUCUCAUGUGGCCAUAAAUUUCAAAUCAUUUCUUCACUUUUGUUUCCCUCCCACCCUCCGCCUGAAAAGUGCUUUUAUAUUGUUUCCAAUUCAAUGUCAUUUCAUAUUUAAAGUAGUCCAGACUUUUCCUCCAAUAUUAAGAAUCAGACUUUUGUUUCCUAUACCAUUCACUGAAUAAAUGCUUUAUUUACACAUGAAAGCGACACGCCACUGCAAUAUUAAGAAAAUAAAGACACUUGGACAAAUCU